AUGAGCUUCAGGGCGGUGCUGCUGUCCUUCCUGCUGGUGUCUCUGAGCUGCUCCAGAGGAGCCGUCAUCACAGGGGCCUGUGAGAGAGAUGUGCAGUGUGGCUUCGGUCUCUGCUGUGCUGUCAGUCUGUGGCUGAGGGGUCUGAGGAUGUGCGUCCCAAGAGGAGUGGAAGGGGACGAAUGCCACCCCUUCAGCCACAAGGUGCCCUAUGCAGGAAAAAGGCAACAUCACACCUGCCCCUGUCUCCCCCACCUGGUGUGCACCAGGUACGCUGACAGCAAGUACAGAUGUACCGACGACUUCAAAAACAUGGACUUUUAACAGAUGCCCUAACACUGAGAUCAAGACGAGCACAGCAGAAAACAACAUUUCAAAGGGAAGACUUGAGAUCAGAAUCAUCUUCACUAACUGUACUCUUCAUUUUGUUUGCUUUGUGUUGAAAUACACAGUUUGGAUUUUACUGAUGCACUCAACAACCAAAUGAUAAAGAGAUGCUAA